UAGAAAGAGCUGGAUGUAAUGUGACACUGGAGCUGAGAGAUCAUGAGAGAACACCGCACACUUCAGCAGCACCGCGGAUAAUAGGCGAUCACCUCCGGCGGGAUUUAACCGGAAAGGCCUCAUUUCCUGAGGCUGAUCUGAAUCAGAGGCACAGAGGGAAACUACAGAACCAGUUUCAGUGAACAGAGAGAACAGGACGGGACGCCCGAUGUGAUGUGUCAUAGGUGUGAGUGUUGGAUGGCCGAGCGAUAGGCUCAGAGACGGUCUGGCAGGAUGAACUCUUUCCCGUCCAUGGACAGACACAUCCAGCAAACCAACGACCGGCUCCACUGCAUCAAACAGCACCUGCAAAAUCCAGCAAACUUCCAGACGGCGGCGACCGAGCUGUUGGACUGGUGCGGAGACCCACGAGCGUUUCAGCGGCCCUUUGAGCAAAGCCUGAUGGGAUGCCUAACGGUGUUGAGUCGUGUCGCUGGUCAGCAGGGUUUCGACAUGGAUCUGGGCUAUCGGCUGCUGGCCGUUUGUGCUGCACACAGGGACAAGUUCACACCCAAAUCCGCAGCGUUGCUGUCCUCCUGGUGUGAGGAUCUGGGUCGACUUCUGCUGCUGCGUCAUCAGAAAAGAAAUAACCCGAUGCAGGACAACAUCAACAACAUGAAACCGGCUCUGUCACAUGGUGACGCAUCAUGUCAAUAUGACUCUGUCUCCUGGCAACAAAACACCAAUCAGCCUUCAGGCUCUGUUUCCGUGGUGACCACCGUAUGGGGUGUGACCAAUACAUCACAGAGUCAGGUGUUGGGGAACCCCAUGGUGAACCCAAACAUCCACAUGAACCCUAUGACAGGAGGUAAUGGAGGUCUGAACCCGGGACAGUUUACUGGACAGCAGCAGUUUUCCUCCAAAGCCAAUCCAAACCAGACCUACAUGCAGCCGGGGAUGUACGAGAGAUCCAGUUACCCUGGAGGAGGAGGAGGAUUCGGGAACAGUUACGGGGGCGGUCCUAACCACACAGGUGGGAUGGGCCUCCCAGCACAGACACGCCCCCCUUCUGACUUCAGCCAACCAGCUGCUGCCGCUGCCGCCGCUGCUGUGGCUGCUGCUGCUGCUACGGCGACCGCUACGGCCACGGCAACGGUUGCCGCGCUACAAGAGACGCAUCACAAGGACAUGAACCAAUACGGCACGAUGUGUUCCUCCUUUCAAAUUGGACCAAACCAUGCUUACAGCACUCCGUUUGUGAAUCAGCCCGGCCCCCGGGGACCCCCUGCUCACCCUGGGGCCGUUAACAUGGGGCAGCCUCGGGGUCAGACGGGGUCAUACGGGGGUCAGAGGACAGAGCAGGGGGUGAAGAGACCGUAUCCUGGAGAGGGGAGCUACGGGGUGCAGUGUGGACCAAACGGGCAGUUUUCCUCUCAGCAGGGUCAGUAUCUGAACCCUGUCCCCAGCAGAGGCGUCUCGUCACCACAUUACAGCGCUCAGAGGACGCCAGCACAGAGCCAGACCGGCUACAAGGAAGCCAGCAGUAACUUCAGCGCGGGAAACUUUCAUUACACUGGGCCUCCGCGGCCGAUGGGCAGUUACCCUCACUCUCCAUUACCAUGUGACCCCACGCCCCCCAUGACCCCAGGAAGUAAUAUUCCACAGUAUCUGUCACCAAACCAGGACAUGAAGCCCCAGUUUCCUCCUGAUAUCAAACCCAACAUUAAUGCACUGCCGUCUGCUCCAGCUAAUCCUAACGAGGAGCUCCGGCUGACGUUCCCGGUUCGGGACGGUGUGGUUCUGGAGCCGUUCAGACUGGAGCACAACCUGGCCGUCAGUAAUCACAUCUUCCACCUGCGGCCCACCGUCCACCAGACGCUCACCUGGAGGUCUGAUCUGGAGCUUCAGUUCAAGUGUUAUCAUCAUGAAGACAGACAGACGUACACAAACUGGCCGGCAUCGGUGCAGGUCAGCGUCAACGCCACACCGCUCACCAUCGAGCGCGGCGACAACAAGACUUCCCACAAACCCCUGCACCUGAAGCACGUGUGUCAGCCGGGCCGAAACACCAUCCAGAUCACAGCGACGGCCUGCUGCUGUUCGCAUCUGUUCGUCCUGCAGCUGGUUCACCGGCCGUCGGUUCGAUCCGUGCUGCAGGGUUUACUGAAGAAGAGACUCCUCACCGCAGAACACUGCGUCGCUAAAGUGAAGAGGAGCUUCAGCAGCGUGGCGGUGUCUGUCGGUGAUGAUGGCGUGGAGCAGACGGCCAUCAGAAUCUCUCUAAAGUGUCCGAUCACGUUCAGACGCAUUCAGCUGCCGGCGAGAGGCCAUGACUGCAAACACGUGCAGUGCUUUGACCUGGAGUCCUAUCUAGAGCUGAACUGUGAGCGGGGCACAUGGAGAUGUCCGGUGUGCAAUAAAGCGGCUCUGUUAGAAGGUCUGGAGGUGGAUCAGUACACGUGGGGGGUCUUGAACGCUCUUCAGAACACAGAGUUUGAGGAGGUCAUGAUAGACCCCUCGUGCAGCUGGAGGCCGGUGCAGAUCAAAUCUGAGCCACACAUAAAGGAAGAUCCGGACGGGUUGAUGUCCAAGCGCUUCAAAACCACGAGUCCCAGUCAGAUGGUGCUGCCCAAUGUGAUGGACGUGAUCUCUCAGCUCGGCCCGGGAGCGUCUCCAUACCCCAGCAACAGCAGCACGAUCCAGUACAUCAGCACAGGCAACCGUUUCCAGGGCCACAGUAAGUUUGGUGACUAUCCCCAUGGCAACGCAGCAUCAUCAUCAACAGUGAGUGAGUUCGUUCAGAGGCCACACCUGUCUUACCCCCCCGCUGACCUCUUGACCUCUGAGAGCCAGACACGCACGCUGCAGGACGCCACGCCUCACCCCUUCAACACAGAUCAAUCCCAUAAUCCUCUGCAGCACAGUAUGCAGCCCCAUGCCUGUAGGCCGCCGCCCACCCAGCACAGCUCCGCCCCCAGCGGUCACAUGCACCCAGAGAUGACCUUUAACCCCUCGUGUGGAGGUCAGAGCAGACCAGACAUGCGCGAGGCCUCCUUAGAACUGCUUCCAGAUCUGACGAAUCCAGACGAUCUUCUGUCAUUCCUGGAUCCUGCAGAGCUUCCCAGCAGCAGCAAUGAUGACCUGCUGUCUCUCUUUGAGAAUAACUGAGACAUCAGACCCGCGACUAGCUGCUCCUUCAUACUUGACAAACACAAAUGCACUUACCGUCACUUCCUCUUCCUGUACAGACUACAGAUUUCAAAGCCAGCCUUGACAGACGGACAGAUGCCGACAGUAACCUUAUCACUGCAUCCAGUACCUUAUUUUUAUCUCAGAACGACUGAAAGGAUUUUGAUUGUCGUUUAAUGUCAGCAAAUGAACGCGAGAAAUCUGCAAUGAACUGACUGCGUCUUUUUUACCACGUGAAUCUAGUCAAUAUGUGUGCUAGCGUUUUUCUACUCGCUUUGAUUUUGAUAAUAAAAAGAAAUCAUCCGUCCGCUGUUAUACUGUGCUCAUGUUACUCCUCCACGUCUAAUAAGCUGUUUUUGUUCAUCGUUUUAAUGUUCAGAAGCGUUUCAGAGGCAAUUCUCAAACGUUCAAUCGAAGCACAGCUCUUAUUCAAAACAAAUCACGUUUUUGGGAAACGUAAAGGGAAAAAAUAGAAAUCAUGCUCCCACCGUGCAAUUAUCUAUCUAGUUCACUUCUGUUCAUAAUGCAGUUGUGUUAUUUUUGAGAACUCGUGUAAAUAUUUGUGAAUACAUUUGUUUUGAUAGGUCACCCAUGUUUCUUCUGUCCAUGUGUGAAAACAACAUGGGCUGCGUUCAGAAUGCAAUGCUACACUGCAUACUAUUUCAUAUAUUUGCAUUGAAUUAUAUUUACAUUAGCGUUCAAAAGUUUGGGGUUUGUAAGGUAGCUGAAUGUUUUGAAAGAAGUCUCUCUUCUGCUCACCAAGAAAGCCCAGUUCUGCCAUAUAUAGGAAAAUAAUCAUUAUUUUGUAAAUCAGAAUUCUGAGAUGAAAUGUCAAAAUUAUUACAUACUUCUAGAUAAAACUGCGACAUGUCAAUUAUGAGAUAAAAGGUAAAACAUUAUGACCCUAGUCAUAUAAAGUUACAAUUAUCUCUUAAUUCCAAGAUAAUUCUAAGAUAUAAAGUCGUAAUUAUGACAUCAAACUAAAAUGAUGGCAUUAGUCAAAAUUAUGAGAUAAAAAGUGUAAAUUAUCUCAUAAUUCUGGUUUAUAAUUAAUUUGAAUUCUUAUCUCAUAAAUCAUAAUUAUGUGAUAAAAGGUUAAAAUGAUGACUUGUAAAUUAAUAAUAGAUCUAAGUCAUAAUUAUAAGAUCGUAAAAAGUCGUAAUUAUGAUAUACUAAAUUGAAAUUAUGGCAUAAAUCAAAAUUAUGAGAUAAAAAGUCAAAAUUAUGGCAAACUAAAUUGAAAUCAUGACAAAGUUAUAAUUAUGAGAUAAGUUGAACCUGACACUAUUUUCUGACAUAUUGUAUAACAUAACUGAGAUAAGUCAAAAUUAUGACAGUAAAUUGAAAUAUGUAAUUUCCACUCACUACAGUCAUAAUUAUGAGAUAAUUAUUAAAAUAAUGAGACUACGUUGAAGUUGACAAAAGCUUGAAAUUAUUAGAUAAAAACUAUUAAAUGUCAAUUAUGAGAUAAAAAAUAAAAGAUUCAUGAAUAAAGUCAAAAUUAUUGAGAAAAAAAAGAUGAAAUUAUGACACUGUAAAUUGUAAUUAGGAAUAAGUCCUAAUUAUGAGAUAAAAAGUCAAAAUUAUGACAUACUAAGUUAAAACUAUGACACAAUUCAGUUAUGAGAUAAAAAGUACAAAUUAUGACCCGAGUCAUAUAAAGUUUAAAAUUAUCUCAUAAUUCUGACUAAAGUCAUAAUUAUAAGAUAAAAAGUCAUAAUUAUGACAUACUACAUUGAAAUUAUGGCAUUAGUCAAAAUUAUGAGAUAAAACGUCAAAACUGGUUAAAACUAUGGAAUAUGUCAAUUAUGAGAUGAAAGGUAAAAAUUAUGAUCUGAGUCUUAAAAAGUCUAAAUUAUCUCAUAAUUCUGAUUUAGUCAUAAUUGUGACAGUCUGUCUAAUAAUUAAUCUAUGACUUCUUAUCUCAUAAGUCAUAAUUAUGAGAUAAAAGGUUGAAAUUAUGACGUCGUCAAUUGAAAAUAAAUCUAAGUCAUAAUUAAUAAUGACAAUGAAUUUAGCCAAAAAUAUGAGAUAAAAAGUCAAAAUUAUGGCAUACUAAAUUGAAAUCAUGACAAAGUUAUAAUUAUGAGAUAAGUAAGUUAAAAUAUGCAAUUUCCACUCACUACUGUCAUAAUUAUGAUAUAGAUAAUUACUUUCAAUAAUGAGAAUACGUCAAAAUUGUUGACUUUUUUAAUCCGAUAAUUUCUUACAAUGUCCUUACUUUUAAAGUCAUUUCGACCAGUUUUCACCUCAUAAUUAUGACAGUAGUUAGUGGAAAUUACACCUUUCACACACACACACACACACACACACACACACACACAGACACACAUAUAUAUAAAUGGUAUGUAAUUGUGAACGCAGCCUGUGUUACUCAUCAUGUGUUUCACAUCCAGACGGAGCGAUGCAUAAAAUCCUGAAAAACACACUUCCAUUCAAGAAAGACCAAUAAUAUAUAAAGCUGUUGGAGGCUCCGUUAAGGAUAUUUCAUUGACAGACUUUCAUGUUAAUAUGAGAAAUACUGUUAAUAUGUACAAGUAAAUAUCUAUACAUGCUUGUUUAUUUGUAGAAAGGGCAGCUGUAUGUAAAAGCUAAUGGCCAUUUUUAAUAUUUUAAUAUUAUUUUCAGCUCUGUUUUGUUUUUGGUAAAUUCUUUUUUAUUGUUUUUAUCCUUUUAGCGCUUGAUCGGAUGAUCACAUCACGUGGCAAAAAAUUAAACACAUGCAAAUAAUUUUUUAAUACGUGACACAAGUCUUCCCUUUUUUAUGAAAGAGAUGAAUGAUUUUAAUAUCUGAUUCUAAAUUACUUUUAUUUGUGAAGUGAUUGAAGCUGCAUUAUCACAUCUCAAUCAUUUUUCUGUUUGUCGCCAUGAAGAUAAAUGUUUAUUGGGACUUGUGAGAUUAUGGCUGUCAUUUUCACACGCUGUGAAGCAGAAAUAAAGCAUUUCAUUGUGAUUCUUUGGUCCUAUGUAUGUGGUUUAAUUAAUUGAUCCUCAACAGACCAAACCUCAAUAAACUCCAUGCACUUUGACUGAUA